UGAGGUUGUUCAUGUUCAGCCUCAGAAUUUCCAAGCUGUCGAACUCUGAAUAACUCUCAGGUAUCUCACCGGAAAAGUAGUUCCCGGAAAGCCAGAGCUGCUUCAGUUCCGUCAAUUUCACCACCUCCUCGGGUAACGAGCCGUUGAAGUUGUUAUCAUAAACGUUUAGAACCUCAAGCUUCGUCAUGUUGAGAGUGAUUUCACCAGGGAACUUUCCGGUAAAGGCGUUGUAGGAGAUGGUAAGAACCUUGAGAGAAGUAAGAUUGGCGAGCUCUUUAGGAAGCUCGCCGGUAAGGUUGUCCUGUGAGAGGGUGAGAGAGACAAGCUUGUCCAAGAGACCAAUCUCCGGCGGAACAGAACCGAACAGAGGAAGGAACGAAACGUUCAAAGAGACAACACGGGAACUAUAGUCGCAGAUGACUCCAGAGAAGUUGCAAUGAGCAGAAGGAGAAGCAGAGGGCUUCCAGUCAUCCAUUGCAGAAGGUGUAGCAUUGGGAGCUUUCAUGGAAGCUUUGAGCUUGAGCAGAGCAUCGAGGUCAGUGUAUGCACUGGACAGGGCCGAACUGUACCCGAGGAAGGAAAGAAGAAAUGGGAAGUAACAUAGAAUGGAUCUUCUCAUCUCUCUCUGAGUCACUGUUGUUCUUUGGACGACGACGACGAUCCGAUGAUAGGGUUGCGGGCUCGCAUUUAACGCUGCAUCUUCCAGAUUCUCUGUUUUGAUGCCAUAGUCUGCAAAUUUGAAGGACUGUUAUCAGAAAACAACACUUGCUCCGACGAACCCUGUCCAUGCACUUGUUUGUUUUUGACUUUAUACUGAGAAAAUAAUAAUUACUGUGUUAGGCAGAAUCAACAAGCACAUAUUGUUAUAAGACCUUCAAAAUUGCAUAAACACAUGAACAAACCAGAUAGAACAGAAGAGAGGACCACAAAACUUAAUCUUAGAUGGAGAAUGAUAGAGCUAUUCAUACUGGACAAAAUCAGCAUCAAUCAGGUAGAAGAAACAAGUGUUGUCCUUAUGUGAAGAAGAAAGGAGAAAGGAGCUUCAUUGAAGGAUGCCUCUUUGCCUUGUGCUGCUGCUGGCUCUGUGAUGCUUGCUUUGAUGUUACAGUUUCUUAAGAGGCAGCCACAUGCCAAUGAAGAUUGUACUUAUACUGUGAUAAUAUUAAUGUAUGUUUUGUACCACUUUUAAUUUCCUUUUAAUUCUAACUAUUUAUUAAUAUGUAAUAAUAUGUUGUUUGAUGAUCUCAAUAUUAAUAAUUAUAAUUUUUAUAAUAUUUCUAAUCGUUAAUUUCUAGUCUAAGAUAGUGCAUCUCAAAAUAAGUGCCUCCAUGUUCAAGUCAUUUUAUUUUACUGUCACAGAACAUAUGAAUGCAAGGACAUUUGGAAUAUUUUUUUUAAUGCAUGAUAAAUAUAAAUGCAUGUGAAAAUAUUUAAACAUCUUUAUAAUUAUUUUGUCUUUUAAUAAAAAAUAAGUUUUUUAUCCACAGCAUAAAAGAAUGCCAGUGAUGAAAACAAAAAAGUAUUAAAAUUAUGUUAUCGAUAUGAGUAUAUUAUUGGUAGACAAUUUAUAAAUAUUUUUAUAAGGUUCUUUAAACUUGGAAGUAUAUCUUGGACUUAAUAAGUUAAUGAGACUUAACUCAUCCAAAUUUUUUUCAUUAAAAAAAAAGUAGCUUACUUGCAAAAGAGAACCUAAACAUCAUCUCAAUACACCAAAGUUGGUGAUAAUUAAUCUCAUUGUUCAUCUCAACCAACAGAUCUUACCUAAACCCAACCUAGUUAAUUGAUAAACUCUUCAUGACUCAUGAGUACUGUUCAUUAAAAUGUCAGAAGUGAAGCAGAUAGGCCAUUCGAACUGUCACUGUGUUACAUUGUAGCUAUAAACCCCAAAAAAAAUUGGCUAUAUAUAUCACAAGGUUUACAUCUGAAACUCAAUAACUCAGAAUUAGUGUUCUGGUUUUUAAGUGUAUGCGCACUUGAGAAAGAAGAUCAUGGAGAAGCAUUCUGGCUUUCAAUCUGCAGUUAUGCUCUUCUGGGUAUUCUUGUUUAUCACUGUAAAAUUUUGCAGUGCUGAUUCUGCAUCUUUUGUAACUCAAGCAUUUCCAGAAAAUGAAGCCAAGCCUGAACAUGGAGAUUUGAGAAACACAGGCUCAGUAAAUCACAUUGAAGAAGACAAGUUCAAAUCAGUCAAGAAGCACUUUAACACGAAGCCUCUUCAACCAAAACCAGUAAUAUUCAAGAAGCCAUUCAUCAAAGUCCCUCCCAGAAUUCAUGAUAUUCAAAGGAUUUCACCAAAGCCAUCAAUUUCAGUUCUUGAAGAGGAGCCAGUUUCAAUGGUUAAGAAGCCAAAUUUUCCACUAAUUCCUUUCCUUAACAAUUUAUUCCCAAUCAUGAAAAAGCCAGAGCCUGUUUCAAUUCCAGAAUUUAAGAGGCCUACUUUUAAACCAAUUCCACGUAUCAAGAACUCAAAAUUUCUACCAAUUCCAAGAUUUAGAAAGCCUAUUCCAGAACCAAUUCCAGUUGUUAAUAAACCAAUUCCAGAGUUUGAAAAGCCUAUUUCACAACCAAUUCCAGCAGAGAGGAAACCAAUUCCAGAGUUUGAAAAGCCUAUUUCAGAACCAAUUCCAGCUGUAGAAAAACCAAUUCCAGAAAAUGAGAAGCCUAUUCCGAAACCAAUUCCAUUAGCAAAGAAAUCAAAUCCAGAAAAUGAGAAGCCUAUUCCAAAACCAAUCCCAUCAGCAAAGCAACAAAUUUUCAACAACGAGAAGCCACUUUCCAUCUCAAAGAAAAACUUGUUACUCCCUCAACUAGAUCCUACCAUUGAUUCAGAGUCACUGAAGUUGAAGGAGUCUUUAUUCAAGAAACCUAUUCCCAAAAUUCCAUUUGCUCCAAAAUUUAAGAGGCCCCUUCCAGCCCAAAAGCCAAUUCCUCCUCCAUGAGAUGCUUGCACCAUGUCCCUGUCUUAUUUAUGAUCACUUCUACGUUUAUGUCUGUAUUAUUAUGGAUUGAAGAACGAUAUGGCAGUGUGUUAAAAUUAAUCAAUGAAUAAAAAUGGCGUUAUGUACGGGUAUGAGUAGCUGAACCAUGAAACCAUCAUGCAAGGUUUGGUUUAGAAAAUACCAUAUGGUUCAUGAACAUGGUAACUUAAUAAUGAGCAUGUUUUGUGCGUAACUUCUUACUCAUUCAUUACAACUUUAUUUAUACUUCUUUCUAGAAUAUGUUUUAUCUAUGUUGUAUAAGAAUUUAAUGUGACUUCAGAUCACUUUAUCCGUGUUAAA